CUUUUUUCUUUUCCUUUGAAAACCCUAGAUCUAGGUACGGGUGGUUGUUGUCUUCUUCGUUCCUCUUCUCAUUUUUCUCUCUAGAAAACCUUAUAUAUGAGGUGGGAAAAGACUGGAUGGAGGAUCAUUGUGAUGGUUCAGGUGCCUAGUUUGUGGUGGUAGUGGUGGUAGUGAUGUGCCGUGGUGUUGGGAUUUGAAGAGGAGGCAACAAGAAAGGUAGGGGAGCUAGUAAAGAGGUGGCGAUAGAGCAACAGAGAUGAAAAGAAGCAGCACUGAUGCCAAAGAUAACAAUAAUGAGUGGUUGUUUAGGGAUAGGUUUAAAAAAAUGGAAAGAAAUGUUGAAGGUAAGAAUAUUAUAGGAAAUUGGUGGUGUGAAUAGAGAAGAAUAUCAAAAAAUUAAAUAAAAAAAUUAAAUUGUUUGUAUUAUAAAUUGAGAAAUGGCGUGUAAUGAGAGGAUAUAUGUGGCCUUCAAUUAGAAUUACCCCCUACAAAAUACCAUUCUGAAAGCUUAUUUUACAAGCAUCGUACAUGCAUUACCUAUACAAGUUUCUAAAGUAUUAUAAUUACUAUAGGAUAAAUCCUUUUUCAACAGCGUUCAAAGUGAAAUUAAAAAUAAAGAAAACCAAAAGAAUCAUCAGCACCCAUUUUAAUUGGAAGCAUUAGGUAUAGAGUCCGACUCAAGUCAUCCUCCAGGUAAUUGACGAGUUCCUUUACAUCCUUGCACUUUAUUGGAUUAAUAAUUAGUAUAUAUAUAUAGCCAAACAAUUACUUACUCAAUCCCCUUUAUACCCCUAUAUAAGGUACACCCACGUCCCCUUUUGUCAUCUCUCUCUCUCUCUCUCUCUAAAAUUAAUAUACAGAUACACACAAUGGCAAGUUCCGGUGCCGGAGUUGUAUGUUUGCUCUUAGUUUUGUGCUCAACAGUGCCUUGUUUGGCCACAGUCUUCACUGUCGGCGACUCGAGUGGCUGGACCUUGGGUGUUGAUUACACCAACUGGACAAGUGGGAAGACCUUCAUGGUUGGUGACAGCCUUGUGUUUAAUUAUGGAAGUGGGCACACAGUGGAUGAAGUGAGUGAAAGUGACUACAACACUUGCACUUUAGGAAAUUCGAUCAAAACAUACAACAGUGGGUCCACCACCAUUGCUCUCAAUGCUGUUGGGACUCAAUUCUACAUCUGUGGUGUGAUUGGCCACUGUGCCUCUGGCAUGAAGUUAACUGUCAAUGUCACUGGAGGAGCCACCACCGCCGCAGCACCAUCACCCGGCAACACCACCACCACUAGUACCACCGCUGCACCGCCAACCACGUAUUUUUCCCCGCCAUUUGGCACUGUUUCGGAAACAUCUUCAUCUGGAACUCUCUCUCAUUUUGUAGCUAUUCUGAUCGCUUUGGUUGAAUUGUUUAAGUUUGUUGUUUCAUGAUUUUGUCAAGGGUGUACGCAUACUGCCAGGAUAGAGGCAGUGCUCUCUCUCUCUCUCUCUCAUUGAGAUUUUCAUGCAUCUUGUCAAGAUUAAGUUAUCUGGGAUUAUUAUCUUAAAUUUAUUCAAAAAUAUUAAUAUGUGACCUAAAUUCAUCUUACAA